GAAGUCAAAUUGACAUUUAACUAGACCCAAACAUAAUGAAAAUAUUUAAGAACUUUUUUUAUAUCAAUAUCUUUUAUAUAAAAUGGUCUUAAACCCUUUGAAUGUAUCGAGUUUUGGAUCUAAAUGUGAUAAAUUCUUAUUGAAUAGUGUUAUUUAAUAAAAUCCCUGUGCUGCUUAUAAAAUGGAGACAAUCUUUCACGAAAAGCAAGAUGGCUCCCUUUGUGCCCAACACUGCCUAAACUCUCUCCUCCAAGGUUCAUAUUUUACCGCAGUAGAUUUAGGACAAUUGGCUAAUCGCCUAGAUGAAGAAGAGCGGGAACAAAUGGCCGAAGGGGGAGUAGACACUGAAGACUACAAGAGAUUUUUACAACAACCCUCGAGCAACAUGGAUGAUAGUGGUUAUUUUUCUGUUCAAGUUAUUAGCAGUGCACUUCAAGUCUGGGGCCUUGAACUUGUGCCUUACUGCAGCACUGACAAAAGAGCAAAAUCUGCUCUGGAAAAUCCUAGUCAAAUGCAAGCGUUCAUUUGUAAUUAUAAAGAUCAUUGGUUUACAAUUAGGAAAAUUGGUAGGCAGUGGUUCAACUUAAACUCUUUACUAACCAGGCCACAACUUAUAUCUGAUACUUAUUUGAGUUUAUUUUUGGCACAGCUCAGAAAUGAAGGGUAUUCAAUAUUUAUUGUGUCAGGGGAAUUACCAGAAUGUACAGCAGAUGAGAUACUUAGUAAAAACCCCAUUCAAGUUGAAGCCAGUUCAAGACCCAAAAUGGUCCAUGGUUCAGUUUCUAAUGAGAGUGACCCAGAUAUGCAGGCUGCUUUGCGGUUAAGUUUGCAAGAAAAUGAUUGUGUGGAUGGGCAAGAGGUUGACUCAGAUGAGAGAGAAUUACAAGAAGCCUUAAGACUCAGUUUGCAAGCGAAUAGUUCCCCAGAGGAUGAUGGUGAUGAUGAGGACACCUUACUAAAAAAGACUUACAAGCAUCGUUCUGUGUCUUAGCCAAAUAUGAGAACCUUCUUCAUCUUUUUAUUUUAUGAGUAAUUAAUUCUAGCAAUGAAUAUAGCUUUAAUAUGUUCUUAAAAAAUGAUAUAUUAAUGUCCUACCUCCUUGUGUUAAUAAGCCCAGAUAAUUUAAUGAAAUAUAUUGUUUAAAAAAGUUGUUCAAUUUACUACUGAGUGAGGAUUAGGUAUUAAGAUGUGAUAGACUAAUGUAUUUAAUAGGAUAAGGGAAAUAUCAAUUAAAUUAUUGUCUAUUGUUGCCUUUUUACAUUGAAAUUUACUUAUUUUCUUAUAUUUUGUAUACCUUGUUCAUGUUUGAUUCAUAAAUUGGUGGAUUUUAUUGUGUGCUCUACUAACCCACUAAACU